CUUUGGCUCCGAUCCCUUCCUCAUUAUUGGGCCGGCCGGCCAUCUACAACUCCGUCCAUGCAUAUCUCGAUCGAUCUCUUGGUGGUUUCCGGCAGACCGUACCUGCAUUUCGGUCGCCGUCUGCUUGUUCCACCGGCCGGCGACAGAUCGAGUGGCGCGUACGUGGAAGCAAUCAGCAGCAGGCCAGGUACGGUAGCGGGCAGCGACGGCCAUCGCGGGCCGGAGGCUUUCCUCCGAUCCCUCCCGCUGGUCUCGAUCGGGCUUUAAGGUCUUGCUCGCAGGAGAGGAGGGAGCAAAGAACGAAGACACAAACAAUAUAAUAUAGAGAUUAUCUAUAUAUAUUAUAUUAACGGAUCGACGUACGAUCGAGAGCCGGUGAAUGGUGAUGAAGCCGGGCGGCACCCUCAAGUCCCGGCGAGGCAGUGCCGGGGACGAGGAGGAGGCCUACAUCGUCGGCUUCCCGGUGACCCCGCGCAAAGACUACUGCUGGUCGUCGUGGCUGCUCAAGGCCGUGGUGGUGCUGGUGAUGCUGAUGGCCGGCGUGUUCAUCGGGCUGUCGGCCAACGUCAACGUGUCGCGCUACUACUACUACAGCAGCAUUGGGUCCUCGUCACCCUUGUUAUCUUCUUCCUCUUCCCUGCAGGCCGGCAGCAGUGGUAAUAAUAAUGGCGAUGUCGUGGCUGCUUCCACCGCGAGCCGCAGCUGCAGGAAUAAUAAUACUAAGAAGAAGAGGAUCCAGCAGAAGGUGACGGCGGCGGUGCUUCUGGACUUCCGUGGUUUCGUGGAUCCCGGCCCGACAUGGGGCCACUCGAUGUCGGACCCUGAGCUGUUCUGGCGGGCGUCCAUGGCGCCGCGCGUGGAGGAGUACCCGUUCCAGCGCGUGCCCAAGGUGGCGUUCCUCUUCCUGACGCGCGGGCCGCUGCCGUUCGCGCCGCUGUGGGAGCGCUUCUUCCACGGCCACGAGGGGCUCUACUCGGUGUACGUGCACGCGCUGCCAGGCUACGCAGGGCGCUACCGGCCGUCUUCGCCGUUCCACGGGCGGCAGAUCCCGAGCGGGGAGGUGUCGUGGGGCUCCAUCACGCUGGUGGACGCGGAGAAGCGGCUGCUGGCGAACGCGCUGCUGGACUGGUCCAACCAGCGAUUCGUGCUGGUGUCCGAGAGCUGCGUGCCGGUGUUCAACUUCCGGACGGUGUACGAGUACCUGGUGAACUCGGCGAUGAGCUACGUGGAGUCCUACAACAUCGAUGUGCCCCAGUGCGCGGGGCGGUACAACCCGCAGAUGGCGCCGGAGGUGCUGGAGGAGCACUGGCGCAAGGGCUCCGAGUGGUUCGAGAUGAGCCGGGACCUGGCCGUCGACGUGGUGGCGGACCAGCGCUACUACGCGCUGUUCCGGCGCCACUGCACGCCGUCGUGCUACCCGGACGAGCACUACAUCCCGACGUUCCUGCACCUGCGGCACGGCGCGCGCAACGCCAACCGGACGGUCACCUGGGUGGACUGGUCGCGAGGGGGGCCGCACCCGGCGCGCUUCGGCAAGGCUGCCACCACGGCCGACCUCAUGGCCGCCAUCCGGAGCAACGGCACGCUGUGCCUCUACAACGGCAAGCCCACCACGGUCUGCUACCUCUUCGCCAGGAAGUUCGCGCCCAGCGCGCUGCCCAUGCUGCUCAACUUCAGCAACACGCUGCUAGACUUCUGAAUUUUCUCAUUCUGUUUUUUUUCCCUUUUCUACUGAGUGUCUAGGAUAGCAACACAUAUGAAAACUCAAGAAGCAGACAAGUGUUUGUUUCGAUAGGAUCAAAAACUCAUGGGCCUAACAGAUGGACGAACUUGCUAGCAGCUGGUCUGCUAGACAUAACAGGUGUAGCUAGAUGAAGCACAAUGCUAGUAAGGGAUGAAUGAAUACAUAUGAGCAAUCGGUGAUAUCUUGAGUAGUCGAAGGAGAUGCAUGUCAUUCAUAAAUGUUGAAGAAAUCAAGAAUGUUUAGUUCAUUUUGAAGCCUGCAAAACCCUGCUUCAUCAAGUGACUUGGUGAAAUUAUGGACAGGUUGAUCUUUAUUGACUACACUCGAAUAUCCCCUUUGCCUUGAUGACCUCUUAUCAAAUGAUGUAAUAUAUAUCAAUGUGCUUUGUCUUUCAGUGUUGAACCGGGUUGAUGGCACUCUCAUUAUCGCAUAUCGGUGUCACUUAAUUAUGUGAAUUUAAUUCCAUAGUCAAGCAAUAUAUGGUGAUAUCAUCUAUAGAAGGUGAAAAGGUAUCAAGCAAAAGCAAGAAUGAGCGAUAGAUUGUAUAACUCAUCUCAUAUGCCUUAGCAUUGAUCCCAUCUUUCUUCGUAUUGAACAAGUUUACAAACAUACAUUCGGCUUCCUGACACAAGAUAGCAUGAAAGCACUUCAAAGCCAAGUAAAACAAAGUUAAGGCCCUCCAAGGUGUCUUUAUGCAGUGCAUUGUUCAUCAAUUUAUAGAAAAGGAUGUUCGUAGAAAAUUAAAAUCUUGCCCAUAAGAUUUACAAACAUGAUUUACAAAUAAUAUAGGGAUAUUAUUGUCUUUUCCCUUUCUUUCUAUAUUAUUGUCUUUUCCCUUUCUUUCUUGUCGCGCAAGUCUUGAACCUCUUCUUCUUCAUCGACUUUGCAUCCAAAGCUUUUCUUCAUGCCGAGGCUGACUACUUUGGCUUGCACCUCUGCAGCUUAUGUGUACAGACAAAGCCUCUCCACACAAUGCUUUGGACGAAGGUUAGCAUCGCCCAUCCUUCAUUUUAUACUUGAAACACAUUUAAUCAUGCCAAAGUGAAGGUGUUUUGAGGACCUUCGGUAAGGUAGGCCCCCAACAGUAGCCCCUUGCGGAAUGAGUUUGUUUCUUCAUAACGAGCUUAAAUCGCAAAAAUCAAAAUUGGGACGCUUUGUGCCGAAGGUACGAAAACACCUUCCUGAAGAAAACACCUUCCUGAAGAUCCAUUGUAUAAUGAAGUGUUCUAAAGGUUGUCGCCUCCCAGUCAACUUUGCGUUGCUAGAUCGUUGUCUCCUUGCGAUGUAAUUAUUUAUUUAUUUUGUACAGAACUCCUAUUAUAUAAUAAAGUUGUAACAUUCGUUUCUGUACCACUAUUCAUCAUAUGUGUAAGACUUGGUCCCAGCACAUAUGUUGUUUAUGUUCGCGCCCGAGUUCCUUAAAUCCAAGUGUGACACCUGUCGUCUGUUGCUACGGGGCGAAGAGAAAUGGGAGAAAAGGACUCGACUCCACCCUUUUAUUGUCGCUAGAGGUCGGUUUGGGGAAAUCGUGGUUACGCUAGCCUGAGCCCAAGCUCCCCGCACGAUGGUUACAGUGAAGUCCGCUUCGUGCACGUGGCAAUGGAGGAGGGGGUUGGCGAGUUGGGCCCACAUGUCGGCGUGUGGUGAGAUGGGCACGAUGUAUUGCAGCGGUUGCGUGGGAGCUGACACCAGGGCCCAGACAUCGGCGCCGACACCAGGGAGCUGGGUAGCGCAGGAUCCAGUUGGUCCUCGGGCGGGGACUGCGCAAGUGGGUCGAGAAUAAAGUAGCAGGCCCAGCUAGGUUUUCUUCUCCUUUUCUUUUUAUUCUCCUUUUUUUUCUUUUCUAAUUUUUUUAUUUCAAAUGUGAAUUCAACUUUAGUUGUGAAAUUGUACCCCCGUUAAAUGUACAAAUUGAGUACCCCAGUAUGGUGAGGUUUGAUAUAUUUAUAUAUUUAUUUCUCGGUUUAUAUAGUGUUUUUCUUUUCUUACUCCAAGGCUUUGAUUCCAAAUUAGGUUUUAAAUUCUAGUUUGUACAUCAAUGUAUUGUUUUUGAUAUUAUUAUUUUUAUUAUUUAUAGAUGCACAAUCAAAUAAACUCCAUCAUGAUGCAUAUGUUAUUUAUGUGUCUCUUGUUUAGUUGUUCACUUUUAAAUAUAUUAUUCACAUGUUCUAAUAAGUAGAGGCCACACGAAUAAGGAGAUCAACUCUAUUCUCAUUAUUUACAUUUUGGGUAUUACAAACUUCUUCUUGGGCUUGGAACAUCUGUGAGCAAGAUGAACAAGCUCACCAUAAUUAUAUCAACCUAUCUCUGAG